GUGUAAAACCGCCUGAACUGUGGCACAAAUAUAACGCCGUAACUCAAAACGCAGCAGGUUAAUGUCCUUAUGAUUCGGCGGACUGUGCUAUCCCAUAAUGCACGCGCGCCUCGACUUGUUUAUGGUGACGUCAUGUCGCAGUCUUUUCAGUAUCAAUGGGUGGUGGCAGACUGUCUGUCUAUGCUUAAAACACGACUUCAAAUAAAACACUAAAAACACGCUACGUUAGCCCAAACACGAAGCAGCUUUGCUGCUAAAGCAGGGACUCAAAGCUCAUCACAGUCUCAGCUCUGUGGCUAUCAGUGUGCAGAGACUUCCAGGCACCUCUCUUAUCCUGUCAUUCACUCCUUCCUCCAGAAAUGAGCAUGGGAAAAACACCGCUGUGGAAAAAGUCUGACAUGCUGCUUCGGUCUUGUUUUUAGGAUCCAAUGGGAAGACAGAGUCUGGCUGGGUGCAUACUGAAAGGCAGUGUUGAGAGUCACGUGAGGAUUUGUACAAUGCUCCUCCGCUCUCUUUGAUGUCGCUCACUAAUGGGCAUCUCUCGCUCCUCGGUUACCAUGGUGACUGGCCUCGUCUGAUACACACUGGAAGUGUAUGUGGAAGUAUUUGUGGCAGGAGAGAGUGAGGCAGGGCACAGCUGCACUUUCUAAAAAAAUUGCAGUGAACCAAAUGGGGCAUUGCAGUACCCAAAUCAUCAUUCUCCUCAUCCUGCUUCAGAUUUUACGGACAUCAGCUAAAGAUGUUUCCAUUGGCUGCAUGUGUGUUGGCAGUGACUGUAAUGAGCAGCAGUGUACUGGAGACCAGUGUUACACAUCUGUUAUCAUUAGCAACGAUGUGACGACAUUCAAACGAGGUUGCCUGAUUGGACCGGAGAGCAAGCGCUUGACGUGUUCUGCUGCGCCCUCUGCUAGUCACGUUGUAGAAUGUUGCUCCCAACACAUGUGCAAUGCCAACGUCUCGAAAGAGACCCUUCUUCGACUACUACUGACAAGUCCAGAGGAAGAGAAGGCUGUGCAGUACCGUGUGAAGAUGCUGUUUCUCUUUGUGCUGGGACCAUUCGUGGUGCUGGGUCUGCUGUCUGUGCUGGCCGUGCUGGUGUGCCGUAGACUCCAUCAUGGGCGUCUGGAAAGACUACAUGAGUUUGACACGGAACAGGGGGCCAUAGAUGGGCUCAUUGCAUCAAAUGUUGGGGACAGCACCCUUGCGGAUCUGAUGGAUCACUCUUGCACAUCAGGCAGUGGUUCAGGUCUUCCCUUCCUGGUGCAGAGGACAGUUGCACGGCAGAUCAGCCUGGUAGAGUGUGUUGGUAAGGGACGUUAUGGGGAAGUGUGGAGAGGACAGUGGCAAGGAGAGAAUGUAGCUGUAAAGAUCUUUUCUUCCAGAGAUGAGAAGUCAUGGUUUAGAGAGACGGAAAUAUACAACACUGUUCUAUUACGACAUGAAAAUAUAUUAGGGUUCAUGGCAUCUGACAUGACCUCCCGAAACUCUAGCACUCAGCUGUGGCUCAUCACACACUACCAUGAAAACGGUUCUCUCUAUGACUACCUACAGCGUGUUGCCGUGGAGAUGUCAGAUGGCCUGCACAUGGCAGGGUCGGUUGCAAGCGGGCUGGUGCACCUGCACACAGAGAUCUUUGGCACUGAAGGCAAACCAGCCAUCGCUCACAGAGACCUGAAGAGCAAGAACAUAUUAGUGAAGAAAGAUCUGCAGUGCUGCAUCGCUGACCUGGGUCUGGCAGUAACUCACACUCAGUCAGAUAAUCAGCUGGAUGUGGGAAAUAAUCCCAAAGUGGGAACCAAGCGCUACAUGGCUCCAGAGGUGCUGGAUGAGUCCAUUCAGACAGACUGCUUUGAUGCCUAUAAGAGGGUGGACAUCUGGGCCUUUGGGUUGGUGCUGUGGGAGAUCGCUCGCCGAACCAUCAGUAAUGGAAUUGUAGAGGAGUAUAAGCCACCGUUCUAUGACCUGGUGCCUAAUGACCCCAGUUUUGAUGACAUGAGAAAGGUGGUUUGUGUGGAGCAGCAAAGGCCGUUCAUUCCAAACCGCUGGUUUUCAGAUCCUACUCUGUCUGCUCUGGUGAAGCUGAUGAAAGAGUGCUGGUACCAAAACCCUUCAGCUCGACUCACUGCCCUGCGCAUCAAAAAGACUCUAGAUAAAAUCCACUGCUCACUAGAGAAGGGUAAAACCGACUACUGAAGAGAGAAAACUGCAGAACUACUGACCCACUAAUUAAACACACACAUGCUGUGUGUAACCAGACCUUUGGAUUCAAGCGUUGGCAUCUGUCUCAACUUUGUCAUGUUGUUUAAUCACUUUUUGUUCUUCCUGUCCAUUGGCCUAAAAACAUCUUUUAUUGGAGAAUUAUAUUCUCUUUCAUGGGUUGUUCUUUGUUUCCCUACUGACCCCUGUGGGACUCCAUUUUACCUCCAGAAGCUUACAUAAAGAAGAAUUAAAAUAAUUAAGACCGUAGGAAUUUAGUUCUACGUGGCUUGCCUGACAGGCCUUGGAUUGAACCCUCUGUCAUGGAUUUGUUUUCUUAAAACAAUCAAAUUUGCCUAUUUAACCAUUGGCGAACCUCUUAUAGUUUUAGAUUUUUUUUUAAACCAAGAGAACAGAUACACACCAAAAUGCAAUCAGUUCCCAUAGUGUGUGCAUGUUUCUUAAUGGCGCUGGAAGAACUUCAUAGAUGUGAUAUCACUUUUGGAGAUUGCUUUUAGAACUCUGAUGGCUUGUAAGCUUCUCAAAGGUCAUUGUUACGUUAACGCUUGUAUAUAAGUUGAAAUCUGCGACUCUGAACAAGUCACGGUAAGCGUUUCUGAAUUUACUUUAGUGGUCGUGGGUGUACUUGUGUUAUAAAACUCUGUUACAACAUGCCACUAUGUACAGUAGAGAACUUGAGACUAACAUCUUUAAUUAGGUUCUUUUGAUACACAGUGGUUUAAGGUAUAUAAAAAUGGUCACCUUUUACUCAUCCUCAUGUUGUGUCAAACCCACACAUUUUCUUCUGUGGGAACACUAAAUGUUUUGAAGAAUGUGCACGCCAGUUUUUUUCCAUACAAUACCAAGCACUGUCAAGUUUAAAAAAGAAUGAAGCAGCACCUGAAAAAUAGUCUGUAUGAUGUGUGCGCUUUAUUCCAAAUCUUCUAAAGCCAUGCGACAUCUUUGUGAGAAGAACCGAUUGUAAUUUGUCAUUAUUUACUGAAAAAAUUUCCCUCUAUCACAACUCUCAAAUCUCAUUCACACUUCAUAUUUCACGUCACGUUGCAUUGUGUUAUACUAUAUUGUGUUAUACUAAAUUGGAUGCGCAUCGUGAAUGAGAUUUGAGAGCUUCGGUGGAGGGGAAGAUUUUUAGUGAUUAUUGGCACAUAUUUUGGUCUGUUCCUCGCACAAAGCUAUCAGAUGGCUUUAGAAGACUUGGAGUAUAGCGCAUGAGUAAUGUGGACUAUUUUUAUGUUGCUUUCUUUUGUCCUUGUGCUCCCUGGUCAUGUAUUAUUUAAUUGAAUGGGAAAGAAAUGAGUUGAGAAUUCCUUAAUCUCAUCUGUUGUGCUCAACAGAAGAAAAACAGUCAUAUAAGUUGACAUGAGAGUAAGUAAAUGACAGAAUUGUAAUUUUUGGAUGAAAAAAAAUCAUAGUCUGGUCAUGUUCAAAGCACCCAGUGAGGGCUUCCUCUGACACAAGGCCUUUCUGACCUCCAUAAUUUUCAUGCCUCUAUGCUUGCCUGACAAAAAGCCAUCGUAACACUUGUGUGUUUUUUGUAGCGGUUUCUCUCCUUGUUUGACUCGCUCUCUUUUCUCUGUUGUCUGAUAUGUUCUUUCUCAUUCUGUCUCUUUUGCCCUCGCAGGCAUGCAUACUUGAGAUGUUUCUUCACUGACAAUCAACAGCUGUCCAGUAGGGCCUGAAUUUUUUGCAAAUGUGAUGCUUGAAUGCUUAUUUUUGAGUUUUCAAGGCGACGUAUCUACACGAUUAACAAAGCUAGUCAACGUAAAUGGAUUCUGAUUUUGUGAACUUGCAUAUUUGUUUACCCUCAUGUUUUUUUGAUGCUUUUGUAUCCCCAACGGAGCCAUGAACUUUGAGAAUGCAGAUGAUUUUUCUUACAACUUUGACAAAUAUUUUAAAGUUCAAUGUCACUCUUGUGUAGGAUUUAUGUGGUUUACAAAGGAAAAUUCUAUCUUGAUUUACAGGUCCCAAGUACAUAACUUUUGAGUUGAGUGGAAUUGUAUGAUUAAGUUUUACAUUAGGAAUGUUUUAUAAAGCUUAGGAAAUAGUUUUAAGUAGAUUUAAACACUACGCGAGAUUGCUGAUGUCUGCUUAGUGCUGGUAACUUUUGCUCUCCCCAAAAAGACUGAAACGUUUACAUAUUUGUGUUCUACUGAGGAACAUUUGUAGGAAUUCAACUACAGGAAUUGUUUGCAUUGUGAACUGUGAAUAUACACCGAUCAGCCACAACAUUAAAACCACCUGCCUAAUAUUGUGUAGGUCCCCCUCGUGCCGCCAAAUCA